ACUGGGCCGCAAUUCCCCGCAAACAAUCCAAACAGUGGAAGCGGGUCGGUUUUACUCCGACUGGGCAAGCUGCAGGAAUCCAAAAGAAAUCAAGCGAAGCGCACAAGCAUGACCUCUUUCGAAGCCUCUCUCUGCUGUGUCCACCGAUUCCGAACUCGUCGCCUUCUCUCCACCCAUCGUCCUUUCUCUGCCAUUCGUCUUUCUCCACCACCACCAUUCAACAUUCAUCCACCCCCUCUCAAUCCCAGAGACGAUUUUCUAUAGACAUACCGCUGCUUCAUAAAGCUGCAUGCAUAUAAAAUACAUGCAUAACGUUCAUGCGCAUCGUACCUCUCUUUUAUGCACCUUCUAGUUUUCCGACGAUUGUUCGAAAUGCCGCCGCCAUUUUUUCGCCGUUUAACAUUUCUCCUAACUUUUCACCUUACAAUUUUGAACCCUAGCUUUCCUCCCGCGUCCGCUUCUCCCUCCGAUUUCUCGAUUAUCGAUUACGACACAGCCUCCGACUUAUUUCACCGCGAUUAUUCCCCACCGACGCCGCCUGCACCGCCUCACCCUCCCCCGCUAUCAUGCGAAGAUCUUAAAGGUAUCGGCUCACUCAACACCACCUGCCAGCUUAAUUAUAGCUUGAACUUCACCAAUGAUAUUUAUGUUCCUGGAGAUGGCAAUUUAUUCAUUCUUCAAGGGGUAGUUCUAGCUUGCCCCAGCUCAGGUUGCUCGAUUGUCGUUAAUAUAACCGGAGAAUUUAGAUUAAACCCUAGCGCUAAGAUUGUAGCUGGUUCCGUUUAUAUUGAGGCCGGAAAUGCUACUUUAUUUACUGGAUCGGUGAUUAAUUCAACCGCAUUGGGAGGUGAGCCAUCCAUAAUCACAGGGACUCCGACUGAGGCUCAGGGUGCCGGUGGGGGAUAUGGAGGGAGAGGAGCAAGUUGUGUGAUGGAUAAUAAGAAGUUACCUGAGGAUGUAUGGGGAGGGGAUGCGUAUGGGUGGGACUGGUUGAUGGAGCCGUGGAGUUAUGGGAGUAAAGGAGGUACUACUAGUAAGGAGGAUGAUUACGGAGGGAAAGGUGGAGGGAGGAUUUGGAUACAAGUGAAGGAUAGUGUGGAUGUUAGCGGAGUUCUAUUAGCGGAUGGAGGGGAUGGUGGGACUAAAGGAGGAGGAGGUUCUGGUGGCAGCAUUUACGUCAAGACUCGGAAAAUGUCAGGAAGUGGAAGAAUAAGUGCUUCUGGAGGUAAUGGAUUUGCUGGGGGAGGAGGGGGAAGAGUUUCCGUCAAUGCUUUUAGCCGGCAUGAUGACCCUACAUUGCUGGUUCACGGGGGAAGAAGUUUUGGCUGUCCAACAAACGCUGGCGCUGCUGGGACAUUUUAUGAUGCUGUCCCUCGAAGACUAAUGAUCAACAAUCAAAAUAUGUCAACGGAUACUGACACGCUUCUUUUAGCAUUUCCAAAUCAGCCACUUUGGACAAAUGUUUAUAUUCUGAAUCGCGCUCGGGCUACAGUUCCUUUGCUUUGGAGUCGUGUACAGGUUCAAGGACAACUUAGUUUGUCAUGUGGCGCAGCUUUAACCUUUGGACUUGUACAUUAUGCCUUAUCAGAGUUUGAGUUGAUGGCAGAAGAACUUUUGAUGAGUGACUCGGUGAUUAAGAUCUAUGGGGCAUUGCGAAUGUCUGUCAAAAUUUACUUGAUGUUGAACUCCAAAAUGCUUAUAAAUGGUGAUGGAGAUGCAAUUGUUGCAACAUCUUUGCUUGAAGCCAGCAAUUUGGUGGUACUUAAGGGAUCAUCUAUGAUACAUUCGAAUGCAAAUUUGGGAGUCCAUGGACAGGGUUCAUUGAACUUAACUGGACCAGGAGAUCUUAUUGAAGCCCAGCACUUGGUUUUGUCACUGUUUUACAGCAUAAGUGUUGGGCCUGGAUCUGUUCUAAGAGGGCCCAUGCAAAAUGCAAGUAAAAGUUAUAUGGCUUCAAACCUUCAGUGUCAUCUACGGGAUUGCCCUGUGGAAUUGCUUCAUCCACCUGAGGAUUGCAAUGUGAAUGCUUCAUUGUCCUUCACUCUUCAGAUAUGUCGUGUCGAAGAUGUAAUUGUUGAAGGCCUUGUAGAAGGAUCCAUUAUUCACUUUCACUGGGUCAGAACAGUAGUUGUAAAACCCUCCGGAGAAAUAAGUGCAUCUGGGCUGGGCUGUAUUGGUGGCUUGGGAAGAGGUGAAGUUUUGCCCAGUGGUCUAAGUAGUGGAGCAGGACAUGGUGGUAGGGGUGGGGAUACAUUCUAUGAUGGCAGUUACAUUGCUGGUGGUAGUGUUUAUGGUGAUGCUGAUUUGCCUUGUCAACUUGGUAGUGGAAGUGGAAAUGAUAGUUUACCUGAUGCAGCUGCUGGUGGUGGUAUCAUUGUUAUGGGUUCACUGGAGCAUUCGUUGUCACUUUUGUCUGUCUAUGGUUCACUUCAAGCAAAUGGAGAGAACAAGGCAAAAUAUAGUAGAAAGCUAGAGGGUGAGACCAUUUCAGAAGCAGGUGGUGGGGGUGGAUCCGGAGGAACCAUUCUUCUAUUUCUUCAUAAUUUGGCACUUGGUGAUUCCUCUGCCAUUUCAGUUGUUGGGGGAUUGGGCAGUAGUAAUGGUGGUGGUGGAGGUGGUGGAAGGGUUCACUUUCAUUGGUCAGACAUGUCCAUGGGAGAUGAAUAUCUGCCCGCAGCUAUUGUAAAAGGAACCAUCAAUAUUGGAGGAGGAUUUGGUCGAGGUAUGGGUCAAAAUGGGGAAAAUGGAACAGUCAGUGGAAAAGCAUGCCCAAAAGGGCUGUAUGGGAUAUUUUGUCAGGAAUGCCCAAUUGGAACAUACAAGAAUGUAAGUGGAUCUGAUCAAGCCCUUUGUCAUAAAUGCCCAUUUCAUGAGCUUCCACGACGUGCUACAUAUGUUGCUGUUCGAGGAGGUGUUACUGAAACGCCUUGCCCAUACAUGUGUGUCUCGGAUAGAUAUCACAUGCCAAACUGUUAUACAGCCCUUGAAGACUUGAUGUAUGCUUUUGGUGGACCAUGGUUAUUCGGUUUUAUCCUCCUAAGUCUCCUUGUUCUGUUAGCUCUCGUUUUAAGCAUAGCUAGGAUGAAAUUUGUCUGCGCAGAUGAAUUACCAGACCGUGUGCCUACUCGCCGGGCCUCACCAAUUGAUCGCUCAUUCCCCUUCUUAGAGUCACUGAAUGAGGUUUUAGAAACCAAUCGAACUGAGGAGUCACAAAGUCAUGUGCACAGAAUGUAUUUCAUGGGAGCCAACACUUUUUGGGAACCCUGGCAUCUUCAUCAUUCGCCACCUAAGGAAGUAAUAGAAAUUGUGUAAGUUUUCUAUCAUUGUUCCUCCCAGAGUAUAAAUGCUAUACAUUUUUUUCUUCGACUUUCUGUGUUUAGCUCAAAUCCUUUGAAGCUGGAAGUUUUGCUGAAGCUGAUGUGGAUAGUUGCUAGCUGAAUGUAUCGUU